UUCGAUAUUUAUGAAAUUAUUUAUCAAAUAAAUGACUUCAAUUGAAAGCUGGAUAAAUGAUGAGCUAUAUGAUAUAUUGGGUAUCAGUGAUAGAGUUAUAUCUAAAUUUUUGCUUGAUAUGGCGAAAUCAAGCUGUAAUGCGUCAGAAUUUAUUGAUAAGAUUAAAGAGACUAAUACAAUUGACAUAGAUCAUAAUGUUGUUGACUUCGCGCAAACUUUAAUCGAUAAAUUGGCAACAUUCAAAAAACAGAAUAAUUAUAAGCCAUCAAUUAAUGAAGAUCAUUACUCUAUUAAUAUUCAAUACCCAUCCAACAAAAUCUUGUUAGAUCAUUUUGACGAUAAUAUAGAUAAUGAUCAUUUUGAUAUCCAGGGAUCUCAAAAAAAAAAAUUUAAAUCUCUAGAAGAUAAUGUUACAGCUAGGCAAAAGAUUUAUAGAAAAUGGACACAAGAAAAUGAAGAUAUGGAAGAAGAAAAAGAUUUGACUCAAAAUUUGUCUGAAGAUAUUGAUAAAAGUGAUUUAGACACAGAUGAUGAUGUAUUAUCUAAUAUAGAGUAA